AUGGCCGUCGUCCUGCCUGUUGUGUAUGGCGCCCCGGCUCAGGCUACAAGAGACCUCCACCCGGACAUUCUAUCUGCUAUGAAGCGUGACUUGGGGCUUGAUGCUGAGCAGGCCUCUUCUCGUGUUGCGAGGGAGAUGGGCGCUUCUGAGGUCAUUAAGAAGCUGCAAAGCUCGACUGGCAAGUCGUUCGCUGGAGGCUGGGUCUCUGAUAAUGGAAUGACAAUUAAUAUCGGCGUUACCGAUAAGGCCUUGGCUGAUGAGGUAACUGCUGCUGGAGCCAAGCCAAAGAUUAUGGCCAACAGCCUCCUCAGGCUCCGCGAUGCGAAGUCGGCGCUUGACAAACUAAACAUCGCCGACACCUUGUCUUCUCAGGCAGACACAGCUAACUCAGGUAUCGCUGCCUACUUCGUCGAUGUUAUUGCUAACAAACUCGUGCUCGAAACAUUGUCUGGCAGCAUCGCCUCCGCAAAGAAACUAGCGGCACAGGUUGGGCUUGCGGAGUCUGAGUUUGAGGUCCGGAUAGUGAAUGAAAUGCCCACGACAUUUGCCACCGUCAGGGGCGGCGAUGCCUACUACAUCAACAACAGUGCGAGGUGCUCUAUCGGCUUUGCAACUAGAACUGGCUUCGUUACAGCUGGUCAUUGUGGUGGCGUACGUUCGUCCACGACUACCAGCAACGGCGAGUCCCUAGGCAACGUUGGUGGCUCAGUCUUUCCAGGUAACGGGGACAUGGCCUUCGUCACUUCUCCUAGUGGAACAACCCUCCGGGCCUUCAUCAACGGCUACGGGCGCGCUGACCUACCCGUUAGGGGCAACAGGGUUGCUAGCGUUGGAUCGGCCAUCUGCCGGUCCGGUUCAACCACUGGUGUUCGCUGUGGUACAGUUCAAAGCUUCGAUUCGACUGUGAACUACCCUCAAGGAUCUGUUACAGGCUUGACCCGAACUAAUGCCUGCGCUGAAGGUGGCGACUCGGGCGGCUCUUGGUACGCUGGUGAUCAGGCUCAGGGAGUUACCUCUGGAGGUAGCGGCAAUUGCAAAUCCGGCGGUACCACAUACUUCCAGCCACUUAACGAGAUCCUAAGCACUUGGAGAUUGACUCUCGCUACUACGGCUUGA